AGUUCUUGCUCGGAGUUUGUGAGCGUUAUAGGACAAAAGAGGUCUUUGGGAGGUGAUGGUAGGCUAAAUCGAUAAUUCUUUAAAGAGAGGAUCAAUAUGUUCUUUUAAAUUUUGAAAAGGUGAUGAUCCUAAUAAUUUUUCUUUGUAGCCUUCGUACUGUUUCUAAUUGUUGUGUACGAAUAUUUCUCCAUGCAAUGUAUUACCAUAACUUAAAUACAUAUUCAACCUCAAUAUAUGGCUACAAUAGUAGGCGCGCUCUGACUGGCUGCUAAGCGGGCGAGAUUUUCUUGUAAUGACCAGGCAUUAUAAGAAAGGUGUCCAAGGCAUAAUUAUGUAAUCUGUGUUUAACUUGAUGGUGGACAUCCAUGUUAUGAUCAGUUGACGGCUGACCAGUAUCGCAUGACUGUAUCGCGGGCUGAAGUGUACACCUUAUUCAGGUGACGUGUUUUUUUAAGUUAUCCGUUGAUCAUUUAAACCUUUUCAUUGAUCGCAGGAUCAGGUACAAAAUUUCUCAUUAGAGAGUUUUAGAUCCGAGUUUACCGCGAACCUCUAACCGCUGGAGGUCAUGUGACAAGAUGUUCGCGUCACGUUUGAGGUUUACGACGUGCGUUUUCAACGUGGGGAGGUAGGUUUUCACGUAUGUCAUUUACCUGAAAGCUUUUAGAGUAUAAUUCUUGUCUUAUCCCACGUCAUGAUACAAAAAUCUUGUGGAGCAAGUCUUUAUCCAUUAACAGAGGCACAAAUUCGGGCGAAAUGCUAAAUUUGAUAAAUCCUAUUGGAUCUUGAAAACAAGUGCCAUUCAUGGCUGCUGAUUCAAAAUGGCGGCCGUAAAUUUGUAAGAAGAACUAAUAUAAGAAUUUACCGCUCUUUGCUGCUAGAUAAACCAGUGUUACCGUAAAUUUCUUUUCUCUUCACUGAUUGAUAUUUCUACUAUUUCUAAAUGGAAAAAUAAACCAGAAUCCACUUCUUUAAUCCACCGCCAAUCUAAAUCAAAUUAUGUUUGAACGUCGAACCGCAAACGGGUAACCGCAAACCGCGGUUAGAGGUUCGCGGUAAACUCGGAUCUAAAACUCUCUAUUAUCAAAGAAACUGUGUCCUUGGUGUCGAUCACAUCGCAAGGUUCGUUUCAGUUCAGUGAACACAACUUCGAAUAGACCUAUUCAGCGAACUCAGUUUUGUACCCAAAUCAAAUCUCCCGGGGUUAAGACUCUUUGUGUGUUGUAUUUGCAUUAUGAUGUGGCAUUCACAUUUUUAAAAUAAAUGGAAAUUCCUGAAACAAAACGUUUUAUUCCCAAAGGGUUUGAAUUGGGUACAAUAUUGAGUUAGCCGAAUAGGUUUAUGACCUUGCACGCGGCAUUUUUAUUGUAUUCAUUUUAAUAAUAGCGCUAAAAAGGCCGUAUAAUAAAUAAUUUAUUAAACUUGUCAGUUCGGUCAUUGAAGGAAAUCUCAGGCCUUCGCGUUGAUCGCUCGGCCAAUAAAUCAAGGAGGUCUCGGUCUGAGAUUUCCUUGUAAUGACCUCACUGUCGGUUAAUAAGUGGCAUAUAAGCAACAGACACAAAAUAAAGAAGGUCAAUAUAAGAAGCUAGGGAAUUCAUAAAACCACAGAAAUAACAACAGAAUAUUAAGAAAAAUAAACUUCAAAGCUGUGAAUCGGGCUUUGGAAAAAAUGAUUUAAAAAAGCCCAUUCCGUUUUCUUCACUUUUUACAUGACGUCACGGCGGUCAUAUUGGUGUCCCAAAACAAUGAAACAGAGGCCAUGUUGGUGUCCCAAACCAAUCCGCUGGGAGUCAAACUCCUUUCUUACGCAAACGUUUUAUUUUGUUCCAAUAAAUUUGCAUAGAUGCUGGCCACGUGAGUGAAAACACUCUAUAUCACUAAUGGGUAACUUUUAGCAAACCCUUGGAUACGCCUCGAUAGUAACUGUGAUUAUUUACUUGGGGCUGAUAACUGGGCGUUUAAUCCAAUUUUUAUUACUAUGAAAUAAGAAGAUUAAGAAAACCAUUUGACAAUGGGCCAUUUCCUAGAUGCCUCAAGCUUCUAUUUCAAAGCGAGGCUAAGUGCUGAGAAGCCAUCAACAUGAAAAUGAUUUUUCGUUCUCGUGCAAAUAACUCUGAUUUUCACAACAAAGGUUUUUUGCACUAAGCCUCGUUUUGAAAGACAGUUUUGGAACUCGGAAAUGGCCUAUUUUCCACACAGGGCGAUUACAGUUGAAUUUUGGGGGAAUUGGGGUUGAUUCUUUGAGAAUGAAAGAAAGAAGGAUAUAAGAAGGUAUACACGUAAACCUGCAGUUAGUCUACUUAUUGGCUCAGUCAACCUUGUUGUGGUGGCGGACUGUCUCGUCUUUCGUCUAUUAAUUUUUCACUUCAAAUUUUAUUCUUUAACUACCCUUAAAUCCAAUAUUUUCUCAUCUUUCCAUAACUUUUAACAUUUGCCCUUGAAACUUUUAUUGAUUACAAAUAUGCUAAUAAUCACCAAAAAAUUCUCAAAAACUCAUCGUUCCAAGAACUUGAGUGAUUUAUUUCCAAAAUCGAAUGAUUUUCAAGGAAAAGUGCUUACGUAGAAUAGGUCUGAAGAGAAAAGGCGCUUAAGGAUCUUUUCAUUGUCUUUGUUGUUUCCUUGUAUUGUCCAUAAAAUAAAUUGCAUCGAAAGAGGCUAUUAGGCCAAGAAUAGAAUAUAAUAAAAGAAUCUUAUGCAAUGGUUAAUAUGUUAAUCCUCUCUCAGUGCGAAACUUGCUGCGGGUGACAGCUAUCAUUUUCAUACGGUACCAUUUGUCUUGUUCAUUUUUUGAAUUAUAAUUUUUUUAAAAUUUUACUGUUCAUUUAUUUAUCUUUUUUUAAUUUAUUUGAUCGUCUUAAUUAGAUUUGUAGCUAGCCGGCUUGUGGCUUUCGAAACCAUGCCACUUAAAUUCAGUGUUCAAUUCCACCACGUCCCGAUCUAUAUCCGGUGGAUAUUACAGCUUGGCAUAUAAUUUGCCAGCUCUGAAAUUACGCUUAUUCACUUUGCUUUUCAAGACAAUACAUUCGAAAAAUUCGACAAAAACAAUAAUUUUGCUUUCCGGGCCUCACACGUUACAGGGAGUCCGAGAAACUUUCCACCUGUAUAGAGAGCUAUUGUUAACAGCUGUAAGUGCGUGCCCCUUCAUGUAUGAAAUCAAUGAUUAACAUCAGCUUACACACUCAAGAUGACAGCCUUGUCAGCUCUUGUCACCAAGUAAAUUAGCUUAUACACUUACUUCGUCGCCAAAACAGAACCAAAACAUCGAUCGCACUGACACGUUGAUAUUGCUUAUUUUGACUUCGCUCUCGAACCGAAACGUUGCUUUACUCUGUUGUUUCAUCACCAGCCAGAAUGCCGAGUUAUAUUCGCUAUCAACAGACAAAUAGGCUUCGAGACAAGUCUACGUUGUUUUUCCUGUGUUCGUUUAUUCUUGUGGUCGUGUAUACGAGUGUCAUUGGAUUUGUCAUCGUUCAUGUGCUUAAAGUAACCAAAGGCGUUGAAGAUGACAACGAAGAACUAUUGAGAACAAACCAGAAGCUGGAGGAAAAGUUGGAACAAAUGGUUUUUCGCAUCGAGAAUCUUGAGGAGAAAAUCUCUAACAACAAAAGCGCCAUGACUUAUGUAAACAUCAUUUCACGGCCGCGAACAGCUGAAACGGGCACAAGAAAACAGAAACGAAGAAAUGAAGAAACGCACAUCAAAUAA